GACGCUGCCCGAGUGUGUUCGCUCUCUGCGAAAAUGUACGAAUCUCUUCAGUCCAUUUCAAACACGAGGGGGAAUGUGUUGUUUGAGAGUGUUGUGGAGUAUUUGCGAGAAUUAAUUUUUUCCGACGUAUGCAAAGAACCACAGCUACGGGGUGGUUUGUGAAACAAUGGUAGAAACAGUGUUGUCUAGUGAAAUUACGCGCAGCCAGCAUGAAGAAGUCCAAGUCGCACGCCAAAACGCAAUCUUACUCUUAUCUGGAUAAACCGAGAGCAAAACAUCGACGCGGAAUAUUUGACUCUUUAGUGAGUUCUUUAUCAACAUUUUUAUGGCCGGUGGCAACUCCAUUUUCUUCCGCUCCUGCGCGGAGUUGGAUAGAAGCGACCUUCCACAAGAGAGAAUGCGUCAGAUUCAUAGCCCACACCCAACACACCAAAGAUGAGCAAAGAUGUGGGUGUGGGCGUACUUUGGCACAACAUAAACACAACACUGAAACUGUACCUCCAUUGGCAGGAGAAAUAUGGUUCCCGAGCAGAUGCACGACGGCGUUGCCGACGGACGCCUAUGGGAUACUCGAGUUCCAGGGAGGACCUCAUCCUUCCAAAGCUCAAUACAUCAGGGUCGCUCACGACACAAAACCGGAACAUCUCAUGCAGCUUAUUACGAAGGAGUGGAAUCUGGAACUUCCUAAACUGCUCAUUUCCAUCCAAGGAGGAAAGGCUAACUUCGAAUUGCAACCGAAAUUGAAGAAAGUUCUCCGGAAGGGCCUACUGAAGGCGGCUCGCUCCACCGGCGCUUGGAUAUUCACAGGCGGCACGAAUACAGGAGUCACAAAGCACAUCGGCGACGCCCUGCUCCUCGAGCGCUCGCAGCGGACCGGAAGGGUGAACACCUUGGGCAUAGCGCCAUGGGGUAUCGUCGAAAACAACCAAGAGCUCAUCGGUCACAAUACGGAAGUGCCAUAUCACUCAAUAUCAUCGCCCAGGUCCAAGUUUGCAGCUUUAAAUAAUAGACACGCUUAUUUCCUACUAGUCGAUAAUGGGACUGUUGGAAAGUACGGUGCGGAAAUAGUCUUGAGGCGAAGACUGGAAAAAUACAUAUCAAAACAGAGACUAUAUCCAUUUACCCAAAGUCCCAUACCCAUAGUCUGUUUAGUCAUAGAAGGGGGUACUAAUACUAUAAGGGCUGUCCUAGAAUACGUUACUGACGACCCACCUGUCCCUAUUGUGGUCUGCGACGGGUCAGGUCGAGCAGCUGAUUUAAUUGCCUUCAUGUGCAAGUACGAACUGUCGGUGCUUAAAUCCAUGCGGGAUUAUAUCAUCGCAACAAUAACGAGGGCUUUUGAAGUUAACAGAGAGUUAGCCGAGUGUCUCUACGGCGAAUUAAUGCAAUGUGUGGAGAACAAAAAUUUGAUUACUGUUUUUCGAAUUGCCGACAAAUACGACCAAAAACCGCAAGAACUCGACCAGACAAUCCUCACAGCGCUGUUCAAGUCCCAGCACCUUUCGCCCACUGAGCAGCUCAGCCUCGCGCUCACUUGGAACCGUGCAGACAUCGCGCGGUCGGAAAUUUUUAUUUAUGGCCAAGAGUGGCCACGUGGGGCCCUUGAAGAGGCCAUGAUGAAGGCGCUAGAGCACGAUCGGUGCGAUUUCGUGAAGCUGUUAUUGGAGAAUGGGGUUAGCAUGCGAAAAUUUUUGACGAUACCUCGUCUGGAAAACUUGUACAACUCCAAAGAGGGGCCUAGCAAUAUCCUGCGGUACAUUUUGAGAGACGUGCGGCCGCACAUCCCCGCCGGUUAUGUGUACACCUUGCACGAUAUCGGCCUAGUUAUCAACAAGCUGAUGGGCGGCGCCUACAGGGCCUUCUACACCCGCCGAAAAUUCCGGCCUAUUUACGCCAAAGUCAUGAACAAGGGCCAGAACAUGCAGCGAAACUCGACCUCGUUCGUCAAGCAGUACGGAAACGCGAUGAGUCUGCUGGCUCAAGCCUUGCCGUCUAACGCCAAUCCCUGCCUCUUCGAUUAUCCUUUUAACGAGCUUUUGAUAUGGGCUGUGCUAAUGAAACGGCACAAAAUGGCCCUGCUUAUGUGGCAGCACGGGGAGGAAGCUCUAGCGAAGGCGCUAGUCGGCUGUAAAUUGUACAAAGCCAUGGCGCACGAAGCCGCCGAAGACGACAUGGAGACGGAAGUUUACGAGGAGUUGAGGAGCUACGGCAAGGAAUUCGAAAAUAUAGCUCUGGAAGUUCUGGAUUUUUGCUACCGGCAGGACGACGAUCAAACACAGCAGCUUUUAACCUGUGAACUGCAGAACUGGUCGGGGCAAACGUGCCUGAGUCUGGCCGUCGCCGCCAAUCACAGGGCGCUUUUGGCGCAUCCCUGCUCGCAAAUAAUUCUGGCCGAUCUGUGGAUGGGCGGCCUGCGGACGCGCAAAAACACCAACCUGAAGAUCAUGCUGGGGCUCUUGUGCCCGCCCUACAUCCUCAAGCUCGAGUUCAAGUCCAAGGAAGAGUUGCAGCUAAUGCCGCAAACAACCGAGGAACACAUGGAGUUGGAGAACGACGACGAUGACAAGUCCGAUUCCGACAAAAACGUUGACGGGGAAGUAAGUCGUAAAGUGGUACGAAAACAUUAUAUUGAGCUUUAUCCCAAAAAACGCACUAGAAGUUUGAGUAUGCGAAGCAAGUCUGCAAACCCUCAAGGUGUAAAGGCCCUCCUCACCGAAAACUUCAUCCGGCGCGAAACCGUCGUGCAGGAAAACGGCAAAGUGCUGUCCGACCCAGAGGAAAAUAAAUAUCACGUGUUUUUCACCGACGUGCCCCAGGAGAGGGUGCCGCGAAACCGCGAGUUGAAAAUAAGCAAAAAAUUGUACGAGUUUUACACCGCUCCGAUCACGAAGUUCUGGGCCAAUUCCAUCGCGUAUAUCACUUUUUUGAUCAUAUUCAGUUACACGAUUUUGGUGAAAAUGGACGAGCGGCCAUCGUGGCAGGAGUGGCUGGCCAUCUCCUUCAUGUGCACCUACGGCUGUGAGAAGUUGAGGGAACUGUUUUCGUCCGAACCGGUCGGGCUCAAGCAAAAGCUGGCCGUUUGGUGCUGGAAUUUGUGGAAUCCGUGCGACAUGGCGGCAGUUUUGUUCUUCCUAAUUGGGGUCGUCCUCAGAUUCAAAGAGAGCACGUUCGAGGUCGGCCGGGUUUUUUACUGUGUUAACAGCAUUUACUGGUAUUUGCACAUUUUGAAUAUCUUGAGCGUGAACAAAUAUUUAGGUCCAUUGGUCACAAUGAUGGGUAAAAUGGUCAAAAACAUGAUUUAUUUCGUUGUUCUUUUACUGAUUGUUUUGAUGAGCUUUGGGGUGUCCCGACAGGCGAUUUUAUUCCCUGAUACCCCGCCCAGCUGGGGGAUUGCCAGAGACGUGUUUCUGGAGCCCUAUUUCAUGUUGUACGGUGAAGUAUAUGCAGACAAAAUUGACCCUCCUUGUGGGGAAGACGAGGAAAAGCCGUGUCAGACAGGCCGUUGGGUGUCUCCAGUCAUCAUGUCUGUGUAUCUUUUGGUGGCUAAUAUCCUCCUAAUUAAUCUUCUGAUCGCCGUUUUCAACAACAUUUUUAAUGAAGUGAACGCGGUGGCGCACCAGGUGUGGAUGUUUCAGAGAUUUACCGUCGUCAUGGAGUACGAACAGAAGCCGAUUCUGCCACCUCCAUUUAUCAUAUUUUGCCACAUCUAUUUACUAAUCAAGUAUUUGAGGCGAAAAAUGGAAGGGAAGGAAGAGAGUUACGACAACGGAUUGAAGCUGUUUUUAGAUAGGGAUGAAAUGGAGCGCUUGUACGAUUUUGAGGAAGAUUGCGUCGAGGGUUAUUUUGCCGAACAAGAGCUGAAACUGCAACAGUCGACCGAAGAACGCAUAAAAGUUACCACAGAACGCAUAGAACACCUCACACAGAAAAUCGAAGACAUCAAUACCAAGGAGAACAUUCACACCACUGCCCUACAAAAUCUGGAGUUGAGAUGCCGGCGCCUGGUGGACCAAAUGCAGGAGGUUUCCACCGAAAUGGAAAAAAUUCGCACGUCGAUUGAGAGCCAGGGUUCCACGGCAGGUCCGUCGUUUGAUGCUGGUUUCAUACGCGAGCGAACAGUCAGUGAGCCUACUGAAGCCCUCGUGGAAGAUGUUCCAACCCUUAAAAUUGGCUCUUCGGCAACGAAGAGAAAACCAAUCGUUCGGUCGCUGACUGAGGUUCGGCCGGACGCUUACAUUUUCGACAACGGCCAGCACAUCGAGUACAGAUACGACGAAGAGGAGGAGUGUAACGAAGAAAUAGAUCCUUUGCCGAAAUCAGAGAGUCAACAACCCUUGACAUUCGAGAGGCAACGAACCAGAAGCACGGACUCUAAAACAUCGAACGAUUCGGCCGAAGUUUCAGCCGAUGAUUUAGGAGCCCUAAGUUUGGAAGUUUUGCGAAACUGGGCGAUUCAAAAAAGGAAAGAUUCGACGGGAACGGGGCGGCGAAGUUCCGACGGUGGAAAUGCAUGUGAAAAACUCCUAGAACAUUUUUCACCACAAAGCCUAUAUUUCUACCACUAUUACAGGAAGGAGGGCGAAGACUCGAGCAAUGGGAGCAAACGCAGUCUUAACAAAAGACAAUUGUCCCAAACCCACUCCGAACCCGAAACUAGCGAUCCUCCGGCAACCGCCACGAACCCGUCGCGUCCCAUGACGCUGGAGCGUAGCGUAACGUUCACCGAGCCCCGAAUCAAAGUGAUUCCACCGACUAGCAUCGCAGGUGGUAGUAAUCGAACGGCUUUAUUAAUGCAUAUGCAUACUGAAUAUACGAGCAUCACUGACGAACUCGAAAGUGUUUGCGGCUUGUUAAGUCCGCCGAGAUCGCCAGGACUGUUAUCGCCGCCACGACCCGAACAGUCGCCCCCAAGUCAGCGCAAAAGACACCCAUCGGAAAUGUCCAACCCCGAAAUCGCGAUCAACUUCGAAAAAGAGCAUUUACGAAGCGCCGAAGAGUGCGAUUACAUGGUCAUGGAAAAUUUGAUCCAGAGGCGGUAUGACGAAGAGGACGGGGAGCACGGCCCCCUUAAUCCGGACCUGUUAAGCGUAGUUACCGAAACUCGCGAAUUUAGGAUUAGUUCGAUCGGUUCACGGCCGCUGAAGAGGGCAAGUGCCGUGGAAGGGGACGCACAGCCUUUAGAUUCUGGCAGUGAUUCGGCAAUUCAGGGUGAUUCCACCGAGCGUCAGGAUUCAACCGAGUCGAAUGACAUCACGUCGGCCCUUCUGAACCAGCCCCCGAUGCCGCAGAGACCCUCCAUAGUGAUGGACUCCUCGCAGUUACCGAUUCAAAGGGAAGUGCAAAAGGCCGAAUCCAAAGAUAGUCUCCACAUGCAGUCGGAGACGAUGUGUUAAAUUCUACGUGUCUUCACGUCUUUUUGUGAACUUAUUAGCGACUCAUCGCACACUAAAGUAUUCAUAUCACAAUGCAAGUCUUCUUUCGGCGUUACUUUAAACAUUUUUUUAUGAAAUAUGUACACUGUCCACGUCGUAGGCCCACGGUAAAUAAUGAGAAAUCUUAACAAUAAGACACGUCGGGUGCAUAAAACUAUACUGAUUUGGUAUUCAAUGUUUUCGUGUUCCUGCAUAUUAUUUGCCAAAGAUAUAACUUCGAUCUUCGAUUUUAAAUGAAUUAUGUUAAGAGUAGUGAUAAUCCUGAUCUUCCUAACAUCUUUUUUCUCAGUGGCAUUUAAAUUAUUAGAGAAUUUGUGUUCUGUAGAUGAUAUUCCAUUAAUUAGUUCGCGUAGUAAAUAAUAGUAUUCGUAGCUGUAGUACUUGGUUGACCUUAGAAAUUGUUUUAAAAUGUUAACACGUUAACUGUCAACACACUCAUAUUUAUUGGUUGGCAGGCAAUAUGUUAAUAAAACCAAACACCAAUUAACAAAUUAAAUGUAUUUUUAAUAAUUACAACAUUCAUCAAAAAUCUCAGUCUCUUAGGUCCAUUGGAAUUGUACACCUGGGGUCAACUGUACUAUGUUAUUGCGUUUAUAAUUGUAAUUGUGAUAUUUUUAAAAUUAUUUAGUGUUUCAUAAAAAUCGACAAUAUCAAAAGUCGCAACUAAAAUAUAAAAUUUCCCAACCCUUAGACCAAGUUUGACACAAACCCAAGUUUUAUAUUUGUGGUGCGACAUGAGUAGUCUAUAAAUGGUGUAAAAAUCUCAUUCAUGGUGUACAUAAAGGUGGGGAAUAAUUUUAUAACAUGAAUCAAUAAAACAAUCAUAUCCCCAAUCUUUUUUAACUGAUGUUUGUAAAUAGUCAGUAGUGGCUCAACAGUAGUGCUCAAGUUUGGCGAUUCUAGCAAUACUUUUGAUUUUUAUCGUAAGAUUCUAAUGUGUCCGUAAUUUAGAAAAACUAUAAAUGUAGCAAUGCGCAACAACCCCAUAAAUAAGGUAUCAGUUCAGAUUUCUCUUUGUUUUUCUAGUACUUGCACCAUUUUUCUUAUGAACGUAAUCAAUACGGACGAAUACUACUAGAGUGCGAUACGACUACAAAAGUUGUUCCUAGCUCGUCAACUUCUAAGCGCUAUAAGGUUAUUUUGUAUCUCGUUUCGCCUUCUGGUAGUUAGUUCUCCGUAAUCAGCACCAACUAGUUUUUGUAUGAUUAAUUUUAAUAACAUCACACGUUUUAACAGUUUUGUGACUUUGUGUAAGUUACGUUACCAGAAAAUUGUAUUUGCAUACUUACGCAGAAUAAAUGAAGUGGUGUUGAGAA